GGUGGGAGCACCGCUUUCUGCUAGAUCCACCGUUUCCAAUGUCAGCUUCACCUGGAGGAGCGCGAGGGAAGAGAUUAGGCUGACGUCACUACCGGGGAUCGCCACGUGCUCGCAACCAGGAAGUUAUCGCAAUCCCCCAGAAAUGUAUGAGACCGAACCGGAUGGGGUCUCAGAGCUGAUGGAUCUGCUGCACAUAGACCUGGAGGCUGAUGGAGUGGAAGAAAAAGCAGCAGGGGGAGACCAUGCACCGUGUUCCAAGAACGUGCUGAGGAAGCAGCGGCACUGGGAGAGGCAGCUGGCUGCGAAGAAGAGCAGACGGAGAGAAGAAAAGCAGAGGAGGAGGUUGAAUCGUGCCCAGGAGGCGGACCCUGCUGCGUUAACUAAGCGAGUCAUGAAGGCGAUCACCAGAGAGCGUUUGAACGAGGCUCGAUCCACAGGUGUCAGACUCUGUGUGGACCUCAGCAUGACGGACUGCAUGUCGGACAAGGAGAUAAGCCGACUGGCGGGCCAGUUAAGACGGCUGUAUGGGUCUAACAAAAAGGCGACCCGGCCAUUUCACCUCUUCCUAACAGACCUGAGAGAGGACGGUCGACUUUACCGGGAGUGCGUUCGAAUGAAUGACGGCUUCCUCGGCUACACUAUGGAAAUAACGGAGGAAAGCUGUCUAGAUCUGUUCCCUUCAGAAACUAUUGUGUACCUCACCCCAGAUGCUCAAGAAGCUUUGGAGACAGUGGAUCCUGACAAAGUUUACGUCCUUGGAGGUCUUGUGGAUGAAAGUAUCCAGAAGAAGCUGAGCCUUUCCAGAGCCACAGAACUGAGCGUCCACACUGCCAGGCUCCCUAUAGACGAGUACAUGGUGAAGAAAAACAACGCCAAGAAUUUCCACUCCAAGAUCCUCGCCGUCAAUCAAGUGUUUGACAUCUUGUUGAUGUUCUCGGAGACCGGCAGCUGGACACAAGCACUGCAGACGUGGUUUCCUGGAGGAAAGGGUUAUGUCAUCUCACCAGGAAACUCGACACGUCUUCCUGAUGCGACGCAGACUCAAAUGGAGAAGCAACAAAUGAAUGAAUUAGCAUCGGGUUUUAUUCCAGAGGUUCACACGGAAGGACAAUCGGCUGCAGAGAAUCCUGAUGCACCAUGAUGUCUCCAUGCUUUAUGGGCUACUUGGCUGAAGGUUUUAAAACGAAGCUCGCAUUUAGUCUGUUUUCUGUCUCGUCCGUUUUAUCCACGCUGAGACCCAGUAGAAAUGGUGGAGCUCAGCCAUCUGGAUGACAGGUUUAGGUCCAGACUGUUGCUUCUUUUUUUUUCAAUUAAAGCUUCUCCUAUACUUUCUA